AUGGUGGCGCCCUCAUUGCUAACGCCGACAAAUGAAACAUGGAGGGAAGGAGAGCUCAUGACUUGGCAUUGGGUGGAGGUUGCAAAUGCUAUUUUCCUUUUGGUGUUCGGCGUCUUUGGCAACACUCUGGUGCUUCAUGUUUACAACUUCAGGCUACCCGUGUCAACUAUUACCUACAUCAAAAGUACGUUGGCUGUUCUUGACCUGAGUGCCAUCGUCAUUACCAAGACGCUCUUCUUCUACAUGCACCUGAAUCCCAGCAGCCACCUCUACGACGCCAUCUGUGUCUUCGCGGCUUUCUUCUCCAUCUGGAACACCGGCUGUGCCGACCUGAUCCUUGUCGUGAUCGCCGUUGACAG